UUUGCCGUUAAUAUAUUUUGAUUGAAUAUUGAGACAAGAAAGCAUCUCCUACCGUGUCGCUAUAAAAUUGCUUUAAAUAAUAUUCGACUUUCAUUCCGUCGAUAUCAUAAUGAUUACUGUACCGUGGUCUAGACAAACCUUUUCGAUACUGCUUGCGAUAUUGUCAGCUUUUCAGACGUUCAUUGUUGCGUCGGAGAGAAUUUCUCGAAAAAAAUGUGAUGAAUAUGGACAUCUUGUAUACAAAGACGAGCCCAGUCCCUUGCUUCAUGCUGGCGCCGAUACACACUCAAUAUCAAAAUGUGGAAUAGUAGAAGUUCCUCUAAUCGUCGGUGGUGUUAAGGCAACGAUCAACGAGUUUCCACACAUGGCAGUUAUCGGAUUCGGAAUGAAUGUAAAAGAAAAAGAUUUGGCUUGGCAUUGUGGCGGUACGCUGAUAAGUGAAUUAUUUAUUCUGACUGCGGCUCAUUGCCUUAAUCAUCGGGAAAGAGGCGAUGCACAGCGAGUUCGGUUAGGAUUAGUCAACCUGAACUCUGAUUCCCGUCAAGAGAUCGAUAUUGUCGAACGUAUACCACAUCCAGACUAUGCAUCAAAAUCCAAGUACAAUGACAUUGCUUUGCUACAAUUAGGCAAGAAGGUAGCAUUCACGGAGCAUGUUCGCCCCGCCUGCAUCAAUACUGAUGAGAACUAUGAAUGGAGCUUAGCCCUAGCCACUGGAUUUGGCCGAUUGACUUACGAGAGUGAAGAAGGCAGUCUGGAUUUGAUGAAGGUCCAACUCAGUAGUAUUAAGGACUCGGAUUGUCACGAAACUUACAAGACAUUUCGACCGAUGAACAAAGGUGUACUUAAGUCGCAAUUCUGUGCUGGCGAAAUGCUGGGGAAGAAAGAUACUUGUCAAGGAGACUCGGGUGGUCCGCUUCAGACUGUACUUCCAAAACCCUACUGCAUGUACCGAGUUGUUGGUAUCACGUCGUUUGGUAAAUUUUGUGGAUUCGAAAAUUCACCGGGUAUCUACACGCGUGUCGCAUCGUAUGUUGAUUGGAUCGAAAAGAUUGUUUGGAAAUAAAACAAAAUCUAGCAA